ACGUCUUCACCACAAACAUCGGCAUCAAUGAUAAAGGCCCCCAAGCACUGUCGUGUGAAUGGAACACACGGGAAUUAUUCGUGCAAUAUUGGUCCACAAGGGAUGUUGCACGUCUCCGAAUCUUUGACUUGCGAAUGUAACACAGGAUUUCAUUUAAAAUCUGGAGAUCUCGAGAGAACCUGUUUACAUGGGGGGACGUGGAGCGGAAGUGAACCUAUGUGUAUCGCCUCUGGGAGCUGUAUGUGUCCGUGUGACAGAGUGACUAACCCCAGUUACACAUCUCCUAAUGACGAGGCUCUACUGAAGGAAAUCCAGAGGAUGAAACAGGAACUACUAAUUCUCAAAAACAUAACUAACAAAGCCUUAAGAAAAAGAUCUCAAUCCCAGACUUCCGGCCCAGUGCAAAUGUUUCCGGAACUCCGUGGGUGUUACUUCUGGUUGCCAUGGUUUUGUGGAUUGUUGUACCAGAUGUGUGGACAGUAAUUCAACAAUUGAAGAUUCUUAUAUUUCGGGCCAGGAUUUAAUUUUUCAUUAUUUGUAAAUGGUGCUGUAUACAAAACUUUUAUUGGUCAUAUUACUUUUACAAUUUUUUUUCAAAAAAAUUGUUUCAAUUUGGCAUUACUUAUUAAGUUUACUAUUACAAUUUUGUUUUCAUUGAUUUUUAUAUUUCAUUAUUAA